AUGAACGUAACGACAAAUAUUGAGGUUGAGCUUACCCUGAGAGCGCUGCAGCUCAUAUUCGCAAUUAUUGUUAUGGGAACAGACGGGCAUGCUAUCCAUCUUUUUCACGGCCGUAGUGCCUAUGAACAUUUUGACAUCGGUACUUUUUAUGUUUACUAUGGCGUCCCUGAUGCCUGGGGAUUUUUAAUGUUCUGUGCUGGCUGGACAAUUUUGGGCGUUUUCUUCUUCCUCAUUGCUAGAGUCCGUUAUGCCGAUCAUACACUGGUUGGCUAUUUUCGUCUCGCCGUCGAAGCUAUAGCUUUCCUGUCGUGGCUAGCUGGUUUCAUCGCUGUAGCUGUUAACAUCGGGAGCCAUCAGUGCCCGGCAGAAGAGAGCGGCUGUGGGCCACUCGUGGCAGCGACGGUCUUUGGGGCACUGGAGUGGAUUCUAUUUCUAUUUACUACAAUCAUCACCAUUAACCUUGUCUUCAACGGCAUUCGCUGGCCAAGGCAGUCCACGACCAGUCCCACUAAACCAGCAGCAUAG